AGUUGCAGUGGUUUCUUUAACGGAGGAUGGUGAGUGGGUUCUAGUGCCACGUCACGUGGAUAAAGACCUCCGGAACUCAAGUUUAAUGAUGGACUCUGAGUCUGUGACAACUAAACCUUUAAAGAUUACAUUCAAUGAACCCGCCAAGUAUUUCACCGACGCAAUUCCGAUCGGUAAUGGUCGCCUUGGAGCCAUGGUAUGGGGCGGUGUGAUGUCUGAAACUCUCCAGCUCAAUGAGGACACGCUCUGGACUGGGAUUCCGGGGAACUAUAGUAACCCUGAAGCUCCAGAGGCACUGUCUAAGGUCAGGCGUCUUGUUGACAUCGGUGAAUAUGCUGCAGCUACUUCUGAAUCAGUCAACUUACUUGGACAUCCUACAGAAGUUUACCAACUUCUUGGUGAUAUUAAAAUAGAAUUUGAUGAUUCUCAUCUUUCAUAUAUUGAAGAUACUUAUCAUAGAGAGCUAGACUUGAAUACUGCAACUGCACUAGUGAAAUAUUCUGUGGGAAAUGUAGAAUUCACAAGAGAGCAUUUUUCUUCAUAUCCAGACCAAGUGGUUGUGACAAAGAUUUCUGGAAGCGAGGUCGGGUCUUUGUCCUUUACAGUAUCUCUGGAUAGCAAGUUUGAUCAUAAUUCCUAUGUGAAUGGAAAAAAUCAGAUUAUAAUGGAAGGACAUUGCCCUGGAAAGAGAAUACCACCAACAGUGGAGACAAAUGAUGAACCCAAGGGAAUUCAGUUUUCUGCAGUUCUUGAUAUACAACUUAGUGAUGGAAGUGGCAUCAUACAUGCUCUAGCAAACAAGAAGUUGAAAGUUGAAGGUUCAGAUUGGGCAAUUAUUCUUCUAGUGGCUUCAUCCUCAUUUGAUGGACCAUUCACAAAGCCUUCAGAUUCUAAAAAGGAUCCUACUUCAGAGUGUCUUAGUGCAUUAAAAUCAAUUAAAAAUGUGUCAUAUUCAGACCUUUAUGCUCGACAUUUGGAUGACUAUCAGAACCUUUUUCACCGUGUCUCAAUACAGCUUUCAAAAAGCUUAAAAAGAAAUGAUGAUGCAGUUUCAACUGCAGAGAGGGUGAAAUCUUUUCAAUACAACGAGGAUCCAUCUUUGGUGGAGCUUCUAUUCCAAUUUGGUCGAUAUUUGCUUAUUUCUAGUUCACGGCCGGGAACUCAGGUGGCCAACCUGCAGGGAAUAUGGAAUGAAGAUCUGCAGCCAAAGUGGGAUUCUGCUCCUCAUGUAAACAUCAAUCUUGAAAUGAACUAUUGGUUGUCAUUGCCUUGCAACCUUAGUGAGUGCCAGGAGCCUUUAUUUGAUUUCCUUACCUCUCUGUCCAUCAAUGGAACUAAAACUGCAAAAGUGAACUAUGCAGCAAGUGGCUGGGUAGCCCAUCACAAGUCUGAUAUAUGGGCAAAAACAUCAGCCAAUCUAAGUAAAGCUGUAUCGGCUAUGUGGCAGAUGGGUGGAGCAUGGCUUUGUACACAUCUGUGGGAGCACUACAAUUAUACAAUGGACAAAGAUUUUCUUAGAAGUAAGGCGUAUCCUUUGUUGGAAGGAUGUGUAUUAUUUCUGUUGGAUUGGUUGAUUGAAGGUAAUGAUGGCUAUCUUGAAACCAACCCCUCAACUUCACCUGAACAUAAUUUUAUUGCUCCUGAUGGUAACAUAGCCUGCGUGAGCUACUCAUCAACCAUGGAUAUGGCUAUUAUCAGAGAAGUUUUUUCUGCUUUUAUUUCUGCCACCAAGGUUUUGGGACGAAGUGAUGAUACUCUUCUUGCGAAAGUGAGAAAGGCUCUACCAAGGCUUCGUCCAACAAAAAUUGCAGAAGAUGGAUCAAUCAUGGAAUGGGCACAAGAUUUUAAGGAUCCAGAGGUGCAUCAUCGACAUCUUUCUCACCUAUUUGGCCUGUUUCCAGGGCACACAAUAACCAUUGAAGGAAAUCCAGGCCUUUGUAAAGCUGCAGAAAAGACCCUUCAGAAACGAGGAGAGGAGGGCCCUGGAUGGUCAAUGGCAUGGAAAACUGCUCUUUGGGCACGUCUCCAUAACAGUGAACAUGCAUAUCGGAUGGUCAAGCUUCUGAUUAACUUGGUAGAUCCAGAUCAUCCGAUAGCUUUUCAUGGUGGUCUAUAUAAUAACUUAUUUGCAGCUCAUCCUCCUUUCCAAAUUGAUGCCAACUUUGGUAUUACAGCAGCAGUUGCAGAAAUGCUUAUGCAGAGUACCCUGAACGACUUGUAUUUACUUCCAGCCAUACCUCUGGAUAAAUGGGAGAACGGAUGUGUUAAAGGAUUGAAAGCACGAGGCGGAAUGACCGUAAAUAUCAACUGGAAAGACAGUGAUCUUCAUGAAGUACAUCUCUGGUCGAAGGAUCAAGAUUCUCUCAAAAAUUUGCAUUAUCGGGGAACUAGAGUCACCGUGAAUAUAUCAUCCAGCAGAAUAUACACAUUCAACAGACAAUUACAGUGUAUCUGCACAAGCUCACUACCAGAAGUAAUCUAGUUUUUCAAUGUAAAGAAAAAAAAAAAAAAAAGGGUUGCAACAAUAAUUUGCAGUGGAUAUUAUCCUCUUAUUGGCUUAGUAUCAAAUUUAAUGUUUAUACUGCCUUCAGUUUUGUGCAA